AUGGCGUCGUUUGUUAAAACGGGAGAGCAUUACUACAAGAGUUUAGAUGUUUUCAAGGAAAAAAGCGAUGAAUUUGUAAGAAACAUUGCGAUCGUGCGCUAUCAUAUGGCGUCUGUGAUUCAAAGGUUGCCGCAAAAUCAAUCCUGUUUUAACAUCUUGAGCGUUGGAAGUGGAACAGGAGAGAUGGACAUGGAAAUCUUGAAGAUUAUGAAGGAAGAGCUGCAACGAACGCAGGGUCGCGACCAGAUAAAGAUCUAUAACAGAGCGAUCGAGCCAAAUGAAUACGCCUGCGACCUUUACAAAUCUGCAGUCAAAAGGGUCAACGACCCACAGAUAGAUUUCGAUGUUCGCUGUCAAACCUUUCAAGAGUAUAAAGGACGAGGACCUGAGAAACUGGAAGAACGCACGAAGUUUGACGUCAUCCACUUCAUGCACAGUAUCUACCACUUGGACAUCGAGGAAUCUUUAAGUCAUUGCAUCGAGAACGAGCUCAAUGCUAACGGCAGUUUAUUUGUCAUGGUCUGUGGGCCGGACCUCAUCUGCUGGGUUCUAGACAAGCAACGUUUUCCUGACUGGUAUGGAAAACCGGGCGAUUCGGUUCCCCAAAGCUUCGAAACUGUGGAGAAAUUAUUUAAGAUUGUUGUGGGAGCUGGAUGGAGAUAA